AUGACGGCAGCAGGCGGCGCCGGGGCCAUGGCGGCCGCGCCGGGCCCGCGGGCCGGGGCUGAGGCUGAGACCGAGGAGCGGCGGCGGCUCCUGCGCUCCGUGACCCGGCUGCAGGCCUGUGCCAGGGGGUUCCUGCUGCGGCGGCGCCUGCGGAGCGUGCGGGCGGAGUUCGAGGCCGCCGUGCUGGAGAUCGAGGGCGACCUGAGGCAGCUGCGCUGGAGCGGCCGCGUCCUGCAGCGGCCGCGCUUCGGCCCCGAGGACGCUCCCGGCCCUGCCCCCGCAGGAUUUGGCGCUCCCAGUGCAGCCCGGCCUGCCCAGCACUUUCCAGGAAAACCUUUGGAUCCAGGGGAGGCUGCAGAGAACAAAAAAAGAAAAAAAUGCAACAAGUUGAAUCCUGGUGGAGCAGAGCAAGGUGGGAACAUCCCCCCCUCAGCCCCAAACCCCAAAAACCCCAAAACCACCCAAAACCCCCCAGAUUUGGGGUGUGGUGCUGCUGAAGGCCCUGAGGAGGAAGAGGAGGGAGCCCUGGAGUGGGACAGUGACAGCAGCGAGCUGGGAGCCAGCACAGAAAUCCCAGAGGAACUGCAGGGGCUGCCCCGUUGGGAGCUGCAGGCCCUCAGGACUCGGCUGCUGCUGGAGCUGCUGUGGGUCCAACAGGCCAUUGCCAGCAGGAAACAGUUCCUGCUGCUGAGGCAGAAGUUGGGAGUUGCUGCCCCUCCCUGCAGCAUCCCCGAGUUCCUGGCCUGCUGUGGAGAGGCCCUGGGGCUGCAGCAGCAGCAGCUCUGAUGGCACAGGGACAGCUGGGGGUGCCUCACCCCGGAGAAAUGGAGCUGAAUCCUGCUGGGGGUGUUGGGUGUGAGCAGCACUGAGCAGCAGCAGCCACGGGAGUGUCCUGGAGGGAUCCCUUCCCUUCCCUUCCCUUCCCUUCCCUUCCCUUCC